GCCGCGCUCCCGCCUCCCGGCCGCCCCGCGCUGCCUCCCGCUGCGCAGAGCGCCGCGCCGGCGGGAGCAUGGCGAGCCAGCGUUGCUUCGCCAACCGCUUCGAUGACUACGCGGGCAGCCUGGCGGCCGCGCCGGACAAAGAAGCGGCGGUGCCGCUGGUGACUGCCACCAUCGAGCGGAUCCUGCGGGAGCUGCCGCCGCUCGGCGGAGGGGCGGCGGGCGGUCCCCGCGGCUGCCAGGGCGGGCUGUACGGCGGGGUGGCCGGCGUGGCCUACAUGCUGUACCACGUCGCGCAGUGCCCGCUGUUCGCGCCGUCGCGGGAGGCCUACCUGCGGGCGGCCCGGCGCGUGGUGGACGCCUGCCUGCGCUACCAGGAGGCGGGCGGCGAGGCCGACGCCGAUACCCGCGCCGCCUUCCUGCUGGGCGGCGCCGGGGUGUACGCGGUGGCCGCCUUGGUGUACCGAGCGCUGGGGCUGCCCGACUUCGCCCGGCCGCUCGGCAAGUUCCGCGAGCUGAGCGAGGUCUGCGCGCCGCUCUCCUUCCUCGAGUGCGGCUCCGACGAGCUCUUCGUGGGCCGCGCCGGGUACCUGUGCGCAGCCCUGGUGCUGAAGCAGCGGCUCGGCAUGGAGGUGCUGACCCCAGCACAAAUAAAAUCAAUUUGCCUGGCCAUUCUGGAAUCAGGAAAGCAGUAUGCAGUAAAGAAGAGGAAACCGUUCCCACUCAUGUAUUCCUACUAUGGAACAGAGUAUCUUGGUGCAGCACAUGGGCUUUCAUCAAUCCUUCAGAUGUUACUUUCCUAUUUUGAGUACCUGCAGCCAGCAGAUCAGGAGCUUGUUUGGCAGAGUGUCGACUUUCUCAUGGACCAAGAACAGAAUAGCAACUGGCCUCCUGAGCUCGGGGAGACAAUCGAGCGGGAAAACGAGCUUGUUCACUGGUGUCACGGAGCUCCAGGCAUUGCAUAUCUGUUUGCCAAAGCGUACCUGGUUUCCAAGAAGCCUCAGUACCUGGACACUUGUAUCCGCUGCGGAGAGCUAACCUGGCAGAAAGGCCUGCUGAAGAAGGGACCUGGAAUAUGCCAUGGGGUGGCUGGUAGUGCUUAUGUGUUCCUGCUGCUCUAUAGGCUCACUGGAAACUCAAAAUACAUCUACAGGGCUCAAAGGUUUGCUGAGUUCUUAUUUACAGAGGAAUUUAAAGCUGGUUCCCGGGCAUUAGAAAGUGUAUAUAGUCUGUAUGAAGGCUUCUCGGGGACUGUGUGUUUCCUGACUGACUUGCUGCAGCCCAACCAAGCCGAGUUUCCUCUCUUCAGUGUCUUCGUCUAGAGAACAACAUCCUUCAGGGCCGCAUCCCUGUGGCGACGGGAGAGGGCACCUGUGGUUUCACCUAUUUGUGAGAGGCUAUUUCCAAAACAAGCCAGUGGUACCACUAAUGCUAGCCUUAAUGUAGCUGGGAGGAAGGUGAAAGUAAAUACACUUGGGUUUUGGGUAAGGGAAGCAUGUGAGCAAAAAAAAAAAAAAAAAAAAAGAGUCAGUUAAAAAAAGGGGAAGGGGUUGAAUCUGAUGGGGUAGAUAUUUAUCUGUAAAGAAGUACAAUAUAUUUAAGUGAUAGAGAAAGAGGCAUUAUCAAGCUUCUAAUUUGGUGGCUACACAGGAGAAAAGACAAGCUAGAAUUACAGGGACAUGCGAAGAAGAAACAAAGUGAUACAUCCAGGAUGUUUUAAAAAGAAACCUGCAAAAGCAAGUCUUUAUGCAGUGAUGCACUUACCAGGGAGGGUGUUGCAGACAUGUCACUACGCUGCACAAAGGCAAAAUCUGGGAUUUUGUACCUAAACCAUGUUUACUAGUACUAGUACCGUGUAUUAGAAAUAGCUGUAUUCUAGAGCUCUUUUCAUGUGUAUAUAAGGAUAGUUCUGUAGAUAGCUAUUUAUGCAGCCCGCAGUUUCAAAGGACCAUUUCAUUGAGUUUCAUGUGUGUAAAUGAGAACUGAAUUUGGCCCUUCUUUUCGGAGCUCAGUCUGUGGUGAGGAGCUGGUCUCCUCACUGAUUCACCCUAACGGUGGCACUCUUACCAAUACUUUCCCUUCUGCAGGGAUAAUUAGUGCCCCCAUGGAGGAGACUUGGAUUGAAAAGUUGCAUAGUGAAGACACCACCUGCAGAUGCUUCUUCACAGUACAGCAUUGCUAGAAUAGGUAUUGUUCAGUCGUACAAAAGCUUCCUUCAAAAAUUAAUUACCUAUAGCAGCAUUUCUGAACAAUAACAUACGUAGUUCAGAGAACAGAAAAACUGUUUUUGUGAUGAAUUGUUCAUUCCAAACCCUGCAAACUGAAUGCAAACCUCUGAUGGCGUACUGAGCUUAAGAAAAACCUGAUAGGAAAACUCAAAAUUGCUGCUUCUCCCGGUGAACAAAACGAUGUAUGUGCCCAAAUGAUUUGUAGCUAUAGAAAUAAAUGGUCUCCUCAACACUAGUUGCACUAGCACUUAAGGUUGCAAUUAUACUGUUUCAUAUAUAUUAUAUUUAUGAAAUUAUAACUAAAGAAAAUGCUAACAUAGAUUUGUAGUAGAAAAACUAUAAAAACAAUACCUAUAUUUAAAAAUCUUUACUAUUUUUAUUUAUUUUUAUUUAUAUGGGAAUAAUGUAAUGCAGUUACCUUUUAGGACAGAUUGGGAAGGCUAGUAUGUCUAAACUUUGCAGUUAGAGUGAAAAAAACUGACCUGUAUGCACUGCCAAACAUUGCAGUCUCUUCCUGCAGUCUCAGCUGGAGAAGAUUACAAUUUCUUUAUAUUUAAUGCCUAAUGGAUUAAAGUUCCCAUUUGAUUUCAGUGGCUUGAUCAGGCUGUAAGAUAGAGCCAAGUCUUGCAAUCCUUCCACAUUUUAGUACACUAAUUCCAUUCCUAAUCAUGCCACUCUUACUAACAACAAGAUGACUUGCAUUAUUAUGAGCUGCAGAUUAGGAUUUCUGCUAUUUGCCUUGCACUGUGCAGCUCUAAUUAAUUUCUUAAUGGUAGAAGUAACCACAUUUCUUUGAUGACAAAAUGAAUGCAGUUCUAUAUCUGCUUAUCAAGUAUUUGGGAAUUUUUUAAUGAAUGUUAAAAUUCAAUAUACAGAUGUUAUAAUUUGUGGGAUAAAUGGUCUUUUAAGAAAGCCAUUAAUGGCACUUACUUCAUCACUGUGAGCAGUGAGAUGCAUACACAUAGGAGUGUGUAUUUCAUAGAGGGGUUUACAUGUGAGGCUUAACCUAGAAUGGAAAAUCCUUGUGCUCUGCCCAGCCAUGUUUAAAUGCACCUUAGAUAAGCAGUGCAGAUCCUAAGCCCUUUAGGAUUCUUAUCUAGUUUCUUACUGUAAAGCAGAUGGAUAAUCUAUUUUAUAGCUGAAACCUUUUUUAACAAGUUAUUAAGGAAGGUAACACUUGGCCUGUCCACUCUUCCCCUGUGAUCAUUAAUUUGUCAGUCUUCAUUUGUCAGGUAGGUUACUCAGAUUCCAUCUACUGUAAGACAGAGAAAUGGGUUCUGCCGUGAUUGGGCUCAAGCAGUUGCAAUCCUACAUUUAUUGCCAAUUAUUUUAUUUACAGAUGCAAACAUAAAAAGGCCUAGUGUUCUGAUAACCACACAGUCAAAAAACUAAACCUAAACUUAAGCCUUAACAGAAUCUAUGCCUAUCAGCACAGCAAGCAUGACCUCCAGAUUUUGUUCCCAGUGCCUGCUUUUUAAUUACCACUAAGCCACAGCAUUUAACUGCAUCCAGUUAGGUUUUUGGGUUUUGGUUUUUUUUUUCUCAGGAGAGGCUUGGAGAAGGAAACCUUUGCCAAAACCUCAAUACAUCUAGAGCACAAUAAAUAAAUAAAUACAGCAAUUCAGACCUUGACCAAGUCAUGAAUGCUGAUAUUGCAAUGUAUACCACAGGUGUUAAAAUUUACCAUUUACCAUAACGAUACAUCUCUUUGUAGAAUUAAUUCUUUCAGAUUUAGAUUCAGAUCAUUUAUGAUAUAAAUAAUAGUAACAAAGCCACUUGGUCUCACGGGAUACAUCCUGUAAAACCUUGGAAUAGAUGUAGUAGAUGGAGCUGGUUCUUACAGUUUUGUUGCUUUUCUUAUCUGACCUGGCUGGGCUGAGGGGGAGACGGGAUGUGCUGCGGUCACAGCUUCUGAACACAGUGUCCCUAUACCCCAGGGCUCUUCUGAAAUUGCCAGUCAUUAAAUGGAUAUGGACAUGGGUUUUCAUCUUUUAAUACUCUUAAUCUUCAACUUCUUUUUUUUUUUUUUUUUUUUUUUUUUUUUUUUUUUUUUUUUUUACUUUUUAUUGUUUACAUAAAUGCUGUUGCAACCUUAAUUUGUUGCAAUUAAGACAUGGAUAGGAAAGCACCCUGACUAGAGCCAUCGGCACUUGUAGUGUGAUAAAAAAAAUAAGGUCCUUUGUGUUCCCUCCUUAUUGCUUGGGGAAAUCAAUUACGUGUCCUUAGCUAGAUAUUCUCAGCUGGAUGCUAUUUCCUCCUGCUCCAGAAUCAAAGCUAGGAGACGAAAGAUCGUAUUCCUGAACAGAUUCUGCCACAGCGCUGUGACAAGUUACCAGAAACUUGAGAAGCCUCUUUCAAAGUGUAAAACACAAGUUACCAAGUCACCUUUGCACAUCAGUCUCUCUACCUUGUUACAUUUCUAAAGUGUAGGCAAUAGGAUUUUAAGUGAUGUAAUAGUAUUUCUGAUUAUGCUGUUAAAGCCAAGAGGAUUCAUUGUGUGGGUAUUGGUGCUUAUUUGUGAUGUGCAUGUGUUUGUGUGGUGCUGUCUGUGAGUAAAGCUGUAGAUUACAUACCAGUUUAAGGAGCUAUAUACUAAUCAUGACUUUCGGUACAUCAUCCAUAGCUUACUGUGAUAGAACAAUUUUGAAGGAAAUUAGAUCUGUGAUGUCAAGAUUUAGUGAUAUUAGGAUUCAUAGAGCCACAUGCAAUACGUUUCAGCAAUAGUACAGUUCUAACAAAUAGAUCUUAACUUUUUCCUGCCAUUCACAACUUCUCAGCAUGACAGUAUUCCUAUUUUGUGCCACUGCUUUCAGUAUCUGCAUUGUUUGCACCAUUGCUUCUUUCAGUUUCCCCACCUUUCUUUCCCAGUCUGUGAAUAACUCUGGAAGGCUGAACAAGCAGCCCACGCCUUUGUUCUUGAAAAUUAAAUCAAUUACUUUGCUGACGGGGAGUGUUCCACUUAUUUGCAUUACAUUACUUUUAGACUCCCAGGUGGUCUUUUUCUCACUGUCUUGGCCAUUUCCCACCUACUGAGGAAAAAUCAUUAUACUGUAGAAUAAGUUUCAUUGAUGAUAGGCAUCAUUAAGUAAAACAAAAGAGGAGUGUGUUCACUUCUCGGGUAUCUCAAUUCUACUGACAAUCAGAAAUAAGUGGAAUGACUGAGCAUCUCAAAACAUGCAUUUAAAUAGUUCUGGGAAAUGCACAAAUGAAUGCAAGUAAAGUGAUCACCAUCGUUGCUACUCAGUGAAAUUAAGUAAUGCCACUUUGAUGUUCUAGUAAUAAUUAUAUCAACAUACAGACAAUAUGACAAAUAUAUUGAAUAGUUGUUUUUUUAAUUUUAUCAGUAUUUAGUGGUCUUUUCCAAACUUAAUGAUUCUAUUAUUCUAUGAUUCUAUGAAAAAAAAAAUAGAGGUAGGUAUCUGAUGUAUUCAGAAACAUACAGGUGCAAUGUGCUUAAAUGAAAACUGUCACGAGCAAUCAGUCUUUUUUACUUACAGCAUUAUCAGCCUAUACAGUUAUAGCAUCUGCCAACAUACUGCAUGUUUUAUGAAAACAGAGAACAAUUCUAGCAUAUGCAUGCAUUUUGAGGAUAUAUCCUUGUUACUUCUUUGGAAAUUUUGACCUGUAAGAUCCAUGGACAGAGCGCAUCUUCGAGGUCUACCAAAUAAAUCUCAGGUGCAGUAAUCUUCUCCUACAUAGACUGAAUAUUCACUGACACGAGUGCAUAUUGUCAUCUGUAGGAAGUAGUACAUCAGGGGUAAGAAUUGUUCUGUGGAUUGUAAAGAGCAAUCUUCCUGUCAAGAAGUACACAGGUGAGCAAUUGCUGGCUAGCAGCAAUCUUGCAAUUGCUCUGAGAAGACAUCCGAGUUUAUAUAAUUAUGUCCUGGAUUAAAUAGCAAGCAGCAUAAAGCCAAAUUAAAAAUAAAUAAGAAAAUGACCAAAAAUCACAUUACUGGGGGAACGACAUACUUCAAAGCCAUAAUCCAAAAAUGCUCAGGGCCCAAAACAAUACAUCAAUUUAAGGAUGCGAACAGGCAUUUUCCAAGAGAAUAGCACAGUUUGAUUCAUUGCACAGACAGAGGUACAGUAUGCACUGUACUUAACAGGUGGCUAUAGCUGCCUUCAUUGCCAUUGUAGCAAAGUUACCAUAUGCUGAAAAAAAUCUGCCUAUGAAGGAAUUGCCUGUAGCUUAGCCUACUGCCUACUCCUAUCACUUAAUAGAAUAAAAGUAAUGUACACUAUGGAUGCUUAAACAGUUAACAAAACACCCGGAAAACCAACAUGCACAAACUUUUUGUCUUGUCUUUCACAUAUUAAAUUUUCUGAUAAACCUGUAUUGUCAUUGGCAUCACUGUCUGUCCUAUAUAUAUUUAAGAAAUCAUGCUCUGGAAAAAAAAUCAAUCCAUAAAUAGCAAUCUGUCUGAAAAUACAUAAGACAGUAUUUAUCUUUAAUGUGUACAGGGAAGUCUUUUGAUAUGGCUCAUUGUGUGACUCAAAGAGAAGGUGGAGGCAUUUAGGUCAAGCACAGAAAUACCAACAAGAAUGGUAGAAAAUUCCUUAAAAACUUACUUUGCCUAGUGGUAAAAUGGUAUUUGAAUGAAAGAUACUUUAUAAUGCAGUGAUACUUGUCAACAGCACUGCAUGUCUUUACAUAACCAGGCUGGACAGAGCUUUGGGGAACCAGGUCUCGUUGGAGGUGUCCCUGCCCAAGGCAGGGUUGGAACGAGGCAGUCUUUAAGGCUCCUUCCAACCCAAACCUUCUAUCAUUCAUGCAUACUACCCAGAAAAUCUUAUGUAGAAAUCCUGAAGUUAAUUAUAUCCUGUAAGUGAACAGAAAACAAAUCCUAUUCAAAUAUUUAUUUCUAUUUCAUACAGAAGAGAAAGGCUGCCUGACCUGAAAUUGAGCUCUGCUUUUGUCUUCAUUACCAUGGCCACACAAGAGGAGAAAGUUUUCUAACAAAGGUGUAAUUUUGCCACUGAUUUGACCUCAUGCUCUCAUGUUAGGGACCAGAUAUGCAACCUGCUGAUGUCAGUGGUGAAUCUCCAUUUGAUUUCAGUCAUGCAGGGUUAUGUCCUUCCAUAUGUGUGAAAUUGGGGCAAAACUGCAUCAUUCUGGGCCCCAAAUCUGCAAAUUUUUCUCAAUACAAGUACCAUGAGAUUACUGAUACUUGCUCAUAUGUGAAGAGGAAAGCUGGCAUAUACAGGGUCUUACCUGAGAGCAAUUUUAUACCCAUUUUUGCUCAAAAUGUCUGCCAUAUGCAUGAAUGCCAAUACCAAUAAAAAGUACAGGGAACUUACAUGGCAUUACUAAUAAAGAGUGUUACUUUACGUCCAGUUUAUAUUGAUAACACUUGACUAUUCAAUAUAUUCCACUAUUCAGUGUUGAUUUCUUGAGUACAUGCUACACCCUAGAGUCAUGUCUCAGUGGAACAGCUAUUCGCAGCCAUACUGUUGUACAGUCCCUUUAGAAUCAAGAUUGAUUUGAUUCUUUAGAAAUGCACCUUAUUAUUUAAAAGCAGGACCCCUGCUCUUCUAAUGUUUUAAACACUGUGAUCUUACAGAAUGUGUUUAUUGUAUUAGUUUUGUAUUGUAGAUUAUGAUAGAAUAUAGAUUUUAUAGCUUUUUAAAAGCAGUGAUAAUACUAAGCUUCAUAGUGGCAGAACAAACUGUGUAUAUCCAUGAAAUUAAUAUUAAAGCUGUGAUUAUAUUUUGCCUUAAAUAAAAGCCUAACCUUGAACAGUA